AUGCUGUCGAUCCUCCGGAAAGCUCGUCUCAAAGACAAGGAGAUGAGGAUUCUGAUGCUUGGACUGGACAAUGCUGGAAAGACCACGAUCGUGAAGAAGAUCAUGAAGGAGAAUGUCAAUGAAGUCAGUCCGACGCUGGGUUUUAUCAUCAAGACAAUCGACUAUGAGGGGUACAAAUUGAAUAUCUGGGAUGUCGGUGGCCAGAAGACGCUCCGGACAUACUGGAAGAACUACUUCGAGAAGACAGACACGCUGAUAUGGGUGGUUGAUGCCACCGACAAAGAGCGACUGUCCGACUGUCGACAAGAGCUGAAGGGUCUUCUGCUGCAAGAACGCCUCAUGGGUGCCUCGUUGCUAGUCUUCAAGAACAAGAGUGAUGUCCCCGGCUGUCUGAGUGAAGACGACAUUCGAGAGGGCUUGCAACUCGACAGCAUCCAGACGCACAAAUGGCAUAUCCUACCCUGUUCCGCGAUCACGGGCAUGAAUCUUCAAGAAGGGCUGCAAUGGGUUGUCCAAGAUGCGAAAGAUCGCCUCUUUCUGUACUGA